UGCAGUCGCUCGGACUGAUAAAAAAACGCCAAUUUCCCUUUCUCCCUGACCCCUCUUGCGCACCUUUACCGCCCAUGAACGUCCUGAUGAACCCUCGCAAGAACAUCCUGCCGGCUUCGGGAAUGCUCCAAGUCCUCUGGAGUCCCGAGAUCACGGAAACCGAAAAGGAAACAAUCGUCCUCAAACACAUGAAGAAAAAUCUUGUCAAAAGGCGGUGGAAGCAAGCUUCAGCCAUGAGACAUGUCGUAGAGUUCGUCAAAGGAAAAGAAUGGACAGAAAGUCACAUGAAGAAAAUAAAGAAAGGCGACAAAGAAACUCACAACAAAUUAGUUCACAGCGCUGGACAAAAUGAUGCAGAAGUGGGUGCGACUAAUGUUGAAAACGAAAAUAUUGAAAAUGACAGCAACGUUGAUGGAGAGGUGGAGGUAUAG